AUGGGAAAAAUCGCGAGAGCACGACAAAACGAAGAGUGUUCUGCAAAGAGUGUCGCAAAGGUCCGACGGGACCUAGGUUCUCGGGGCCUGUGCGACUUGAAGGCAACCGGAUCACAGCUUGACCACCGAAGCUCAUCUGUCGGCUUACCGCUGCUUGAGCUCCAGCCAUGCGGCGCUCCACAGCUUCAGAAACUCAGGCGGACGGCUUUUCUGGGAACGCUCACUCUAAGCAGACCUUUCGGUAGGACUUGGCAGGACGUGCUAGCAGCUAGUACUGCUGUGGGAUUUGCUCAGGUCGUGGAGAAGCCGGACCACACACCGGAUGAGUCGAAGGCCAAGCGUCCCAGCUCAUUGAAGGCCGUGCAGCCUUGGGCAGUUGGUCUGGCUGGUGCUGGGCUGCUGAUGCUUUCUGGCGGCGCGUUCUGGCUCUGGCGCCAGGCGCAAGAGGAGACGCGAGCUCUCCAUCCACAUAGCACGUCCUGGCACAGCCGCGGUGGCAAACAGGUCUUCGAGGGCACGCCCGCGAGGGUCUUCUCAGAGCCGGCGGUGGAGCCGGAGUCUGACAGUCUUGAGGAUGUUCUUAGCAAGCUGGAGGGAGGUGAUGAGGCGGUGGCAUUGCCAAGAAGGUCUCUGAAUACAAGGAAGGGGGAAAAGAAGGCGAAGGCAAAGGAUACCAAGAAGCAGAAGGCAGAGGCGUCGGCCACUGUGUCGCAAGCAGAGACCGACGAUGAGAAAGCCAAGGAAGUCAUCCGAGAUACGUUGAGAAAGCUGGAGGAAGAGGGACAAAGUGGCAAGAAGGGCAGCAAAACAAGAAAGACGGUGGAGAAGCUCAAAGCCUUGUUGGGCGAGGCCGAAGAAGAACCAGAGCCACAAGAGCUCUCCGACGACCAGCAGUCCCAUUUGGAUUUUGCCAAAGCCUUGCAAGAGGAGCAGAAGCGAAAGAUCCAUGUGGAGAUGAAAACUGUCAGGAACGAAUUCAAGCGCGACUUUGGCAGCGAUGCGCGGCCGUUACUCUGUAGCGGCUGCAAGCUGGUGGCUGCGCGUCUCAGCAGCGAGCUUGACACGCACGACGUGCACGACCAGGAGAGCCCUGCGCAGAUGCUUGCCGCGAAGCGCAAGGCGAUUGACUCCACGUGCAGCAGUCUGCGCCACCUACAGGCUGUGAAGCCGGAGGAAGGCAUCGCUCGCUUCGAAGCAAGCGAAGUGACAGGCGAGGGUGAGCGAGAGGGGAAACGCCUUUGUGCGGCCAUCUUGGAGGAGUCGCGCUUCGACAUCCUGGCAAGGCUCAUCCAGAGAAAGAUCCCGGAGAUGCAGCACUUGGCUGGCGGCAGGACCGGCCACAGCAAUUGGGAACGAUGGCUUUGUGCAGAGAGGAUGCGCUUGUGCAAACGCAGCGAGGUGAAAGACGAUGAGGAUGACGAAAUUGAGCAUGCCUUUGCCAAUGCCAAUUGA